GACCGCGACUGGAACCAGCAGAGCCGGGAGCAGGCGCUGCCGCCAGACGAGCCCCAGAAGGAGGCAGUCGAGGUGGAGCCGAACUUUGGGCUGUCCGGCAAACUGGCGGAGGAGAGCAACACCGUCCGGGGAGUUGUCAUGCUGCACAACGAGCCCCCUGAAGCGCGCAAGCCCAGCCUACGCUGGCGGCUGUACACCUUCAAGAACGGGGAGCCGUUCGGGGAGCCGCUGUAUAUUCACCGGCAGUCAUGCUACCUGUUUGGACGGGAACGCCGCGUGGCGGACGUGCCCACAGACCACCCCUCCUGCAGCAAGCAGCACGCCGUGCUGCAGUACAGGUAUACUGAGAAGGAAGGCCCCGACGGCAUGAUGUCAGCGGAUGUGCGCCCCUACCUAAUGGACCUGGGCUCCACCAACGGCUGCUUCCUCAAUGGGGAGCGCCUAGAAACCCAGCGCUACUACGAGCUAUAUGAAAAGGAUCUGCUGAAGUUUGGCAACAGCAGCCGGGAGUACGUACUGCUGCAUGAGAAGUCCUCCGGGGAAGAUUGA